AAUCAAAGGGUGGAAUUGUGGAAAGUAGAAAACGGCGGGGAAGAUGAGUCUGGUUGGAGUGACACCUUCCUAUCUUCGUCUUCGCUGGUCGAAAUUUCCGGUCUCAUGCAUUAUUAAUAAUGCCUUUAAGAUUAAUAAGAUCCUCCACACAGAUACAUCUCUCCUCUUUCGCCACUCAAAACCCUACUACUACUCUUAUAAUUAUUCUUCUCGUCGCCCUCUAGCAAUGGCUUCUGCAACUACUCCUCCUGCUCAGACUGUUUCGUCUGGAGAUGUGAGCAGUGAUGACAACGUGUACAAAUUGAUUCAAGCUCAUCAGGAAGCGGCUGCUCGACUGCCUCCGAUUGAAGAAAUUCGGACAGUUCUUGAUCGCAGUACCCGGGGUAUGCUGUCUACUUUUUCUCAGAAGUAUGAGGGAUAUCCUUCAGGUUCCAUGGUCGAUUUUGCAUGUGAUCAAGAUGGGUUUCCAAUAUUAGCGAUCAGCAGCCUGGCAGUUCAUACAAAGGAUCUAUUGGCUAAUCCUAAAUGCUCAAUACUUGUAGCAAGGGAUCCUGAGGACAGAACUGAUUUAGUGAUCACUGUACACGGCGAUGCUACAGCUGUUAGUGAACAAGAUAGGGAAGCUGUGCGUGUUGCAUACUUGAAAAGGCAUCCCAAUGCAUUCUGGGUUGACUUUGGAGACUUCCAAUUUUUGCGCAUUGAACCAAAAAUUGUUCGAUUUGUGUCUGGUGUUGCAACUGCUCUAUUGGGGUCAGGAGAAUUUGGCAAAGAGGAUUACAAAAUCACAAAAGUUGAUCCAAUAGCCCAGUUUUCCAAUCCAUUUGUGUCGCACAUGAAUAAAGAUCAUGCUGGUGAUACAAAGGCUAUUGUGCAACACUCAACAGCAAUUCAGGUUGACUAUGCUUACCUUUUGGAUUUGGACAGUCUUGGUUUCAAUGUUAAGGCUGGUUAUCAAGGGAAUACUUUCAAGCUUCGGAUACCUUUUCCUAGACGUGCAGAGGAUAGAAAGGAUGUAAAGACUCUCAUAGUGGAAAUGCUUCAAGCUGCUAAAGCCUUGAGUUAAUAGAUCACAAAGGUGAACUGUAAAAAG